GUCAUGUGACAGGGGUGACUUCCUUUCCGUUCUUUUUCACCGUCCGGUGUGCCUUUUUCCGCUCCCUGGCCUCACGUGUGGCUCACAGCCGAACCGAACCGAACCGAGCGCGAUACCAGAACCGGAGCCGCCGACAUGUCGUCGACAUUUGAGCAGAUGAGGACGAAUGUGGGAGAGUUACUCCGAGGAAUCGACAGGUAUAACCCUGAGAAUCUGGCCACGCUGGAGCGUUACGUGGAGACUCAGGCUCGGGAGAAUGCGUACGAUCUCGAGGCAAACCUGGCUGUGCUCAAACUGUACCAGUUUAACCCAGCGUUCUUCCAGACCAGCAUCACCUCACAGAUCCUGCUCAAGGCGCUGACCAACCUGCCCCACACUGAUUUCACCCUGUGCAAGUGCAUGAUUGACCAGACCCAUCAGGAGGAGCGUCCUAUCAGACAGAUCCUCUACCUAGGAAACCUGCUGGAGACCUGCCACUUCCAGUCCUUCUGGCAAGGUCUGGAGGAGAACAGGGAGCUGAUCGACGGGAUAACCGGGUUCGAGGACUCUGUGCGCAAGUUCAUCUGUCAUGUGGUGGGCAUCACGUACCAGAACAUCGAUAGGAGGCUGCUGGCAGAGAUGCUGGGAGAUCAAACAGACGUGCAGAUCAGGUCCUGGUUGAGUAAGUAUGGAUGGACGGAGAACGAGGACGGUCAGAUCUUUGUGUACAGCCAGGAGGAGAACGUCAAACCCAAAAACAUCGUGGAGAAGAUCGACUUCGAGAGUGUCUCCAGUAUCAUGGCCACGUCGCAGUAACUGCAGGCUCCAGGCACAUUGAAAAUCAUUAUAUUUUUAAAACCGCUUUUACGUUCCUUUCUGUAAAACCUGGUUUCACAAUAAACUCAUUUAUCCAGAAA